AUGCAGUCCCUACGCCCUGUCGAACCAUUCCCCUUUACGGCUUUCCGACAGGUCUACGGAUCUGGCUCUGAUCCUUUAAGGUUCUCAUUACAUCGAAGCGGCCCGGAAUCGUGCGCCUACAGCAGCUGUCCUGCUCCAUAUCCCUCUCCGCCUAUGUCCGGCUCUCCGUCUCCUCAGGACCAGUUGCAUUCGUUUCAGGGAGAAAAGCGCAAGCGCUCGAAUUCCCCUGCGCCGCAUGGCUCACAACAAGUAUCUGAGCAACCCGCUACAUAUGGAGGUUAUCCUCCGAAAGAUCGCAGUACGAGCGGCUCUAUUAGCGAGACUCGGCAGUCUACAGUCGGCCAGCCGAACGGUUCAAUGAUAUCUCUCUCAGCAACAACUGAACAGCCACACAUACUCCCUGCUCUGGGUUCAGCAGCGCCAGUCCCACCUCGAACGACGGCGUUACCUCCGAGAUCAACUCGCCGUGCUAAAGCACAUGUAGCUUCCGCAUGUGUAAACUGCAAGCGCAAGCAUCUAGGCUGUGAUUCUGCACGGCCUUGUCGAAGAUGUGUAGUAGCUGGCAAAGAGUCGUCUUGCGUCGAUGUAACACACAAACGAAGGGGACGACCGCCUUUGAAGGCCGAGGAAGGUCCUAUACGAACUUACGAGUCAGCGUUCGGCCAGUCUGGAACACUGCGCGUUUCUCAUCAACAGCCGGCUCAUCAUCAGCGGAUGCCUUCCUCGAGAAAAAUUCGUCCAAACACAGAAUGUCGUUCUGCCCCUGCAGUCGAAGCUGGACGAGACCAGAAGCUAAGAUUAAGUCCUCCAAUUCCCGCGAACACAUCGUCAUGGGGACCCUCGAUGCUGCCUUCCCCAUCGUCGACAUUACCGCCGUCGUCUCCUCUAAGCAGUGUACCAUUGCAACGACCUUUGUCGAGCGGAAACCCAUCGCGGUCAGAUAGGCACGGUUCCAUCCCUAGCCCAAGCCUUCCACCGCCCGUUCCACCUCAGUCCCUGAACGAUCUUGCGCAUCGUCCUCCUUUUUCUCGAGAUCGGCUACCACCACCUCGCUCACCUCACCAGUACAAACAGGGCUCAUCUGCACCGCCAUUCUCCUCUAUUUCAGGGCCAACGACACACCCAGUAAAUUCAGCAAUCCGACUGCCGCCGAUACCCCCGCCACUUCCCAAACUGAAGGUUGAUUUUUCCAUUGAUAGUCAACAAACUGGAAGCAACACCUCCUCCCCCUGGUCGGCGAGGACAGAGCUUCCGCGCGUAGCAGAUAGGGUGAUUGACCCUGCUAGCAACCCAAUUUCGCCUUUGACACAGGAUGAAUCCGGAUUGAUUGAGCGGAGGUGGAGCCACGAACAUUCCCUUAUAUCAUCUUCGUACUCCCUCCCUCCUAUCCGGCAACCCGAUUCGUCGUUCCAACGGCAAAGGUGUUUCAGCGCUUCGGCAAUGAUUACAUCAGGACAUCGGGAUAUAUUGAACUCCCCAACAGUGAGCGAAGGUGCGAGUGUGGACAUCCAGCCAGUGAAACGUAGGAAGAUGGAGCUUGGGGAAAUGGUGAAUAAUUAAUAUUCUGUUGUUUCCUUCGAUAAUGAUGCAAAGACAUCUUCUUUAUCAGUUUCUAGUUGAGAUACCACAAGUCAUCUGCGUGGGGGUUGCUAUUUCAUUAGUUGCUAUGAAUGGAUAAGUUUGAUGGAACAGUGAAAUUGUCAGUCAAUAUAAUAAUAAGUUGGUUUUGGAAGAAUCUGAAGAAACUUAUGUAUUGAAUGCGCGCUUCAUUAGAGUUUCUUUGCAUACCUAUGUUUCUAUUCAUUUAAACAUGUCUUUGUUGGACAUGAUUUCAAUG